AUGCGUAUACUCUUCCCCGCCACGAGCGCCUCGGCGUACAAGAAGCACCCUUAUUCCAUCUGGGACUUCACUCCGGCCUCGUUCAGCUGUCCCCACGAGAUGGAACGCGUCGGUCGCUUGGGCGACGGUGGCAAAUGGGUUUGCGGCAUGUCGCGCUAUGUCAAUUUCCCAAGGAACCGCGAGUGUAUCAUCUACUCUUUCGGCGUCCGCGAUGAGUCCAGUUUUGAAAACGAAAUGCUAAGCCGCACGAAAUGCCGCGUUUGGGCAUACGACUUCUCCGUUGUCGACUUUGGCGAGCAGCUUGAAUCUGGCAACCGCGAAAGAGCCAGCUUCCUUCAGGCCGGUAUAGCUGGUAAGACAAACACGACAUUGAAGCCUCCUUUUUACAGCAUCAGCGACCUGAUGGAUAUGAACGGUCAUGAGUACAUUGACAUUCUCAAGGUGGACAUUGAGUUUGCCGAGUUCCAAUCUAUUGAGGGCCUUCACAGGGACUUUCCCAUCACUGCUGGUGAGCUCCCGAUCGGCCAACUGAUGGUUAAGAUCCAUUUAUUCGGCGGCCUGACAGCCUUCGGCUACCUUGACUGGUGGCAACGCCUCGAGUCUCGCGGUCUGCGCCCCACCUGGACCGAGCCCAACCUUCUCGCUGUUACUCUGAACUUGGACAACAAGAACCCGCUGCUCGCCGAAUACACCAUGAUCAACAUCCAUGACAGUAACAAUAUCUUGUUCGAUGGAAGAGGACUGUAA